CACGGCGCUGGCGCCCUCCCUGCUCUGUGACGCGGCGGCGGCCCGGGGCGCGCACGCGGGGCGCCCCCGGCUUGUGCCCCGGACCUCGGAGCCCGGCGGACGAUGGCGGCCCGGCGGCUCCUGGCGGCGGCGCUCGGGAGCUGCGUCCCCGCCGGCCGCGCGGGGCCCGCGCUGUCCCAGGGCUGCUUCCGGCGCAGCUUUGCCACCAGCCCCCGUCCCCGCGCCAAAUUCUACACCGACCCCGUGGAGAUGGUGAAGGACAUCUCCGAUGGGGCCACCAUCAUGGUCGGGGGCUUCGGACUCUGCGGGAUCCCCGAGAACCUGAUCGCGGCGCUGCUCCGGACGGGCGUGAAGGACCUGAAGGUGGUCAGCAGCAACGUGGGGGUGGAGGACUUCGGCCUGGGCCUCUUGAUGGCCACCAAGCAGAUCCGCCGUGUCGUGUGCUCCUACGUGGGCGAGAACACGCUGUGCGAGAGCCAGUACCUGGCUGGCGAGCUGGAGCUGGAGCUGACGCCGCAGGGCACCCUGGCCGAGCGCAUCCGCGCGGGGGGCGCAGGGGUGCCCGCCUUCUACACGCCCACGGGCUACGGCACCCUGGUGCAGGAAGGGGGCACCCCCAUCAGGUACGCCCCAGACGGCCACCUGGCCAUCAUGAGCCAGCCCCGGGAGGUGAGGGAGUUCGGCGAGGAGCACUGCCUGCUGGAGCGCGCCAUCAGGGCGGACUUCGCCCUGAUCAAGGGCUGGAAGGCCGACCGCGAGGGCAACGUGAUCUUCAGGAAGAGCGCCCGGAACUUCAACGCGCCCAUGUGCAAAGCCGCAGACGUCACAGCGGUGGAGGUGGAAGAAAUCGUGGAAGUGGGGACUUUCCCCCCAGAGGACAUCCAUGUCCCUAGCAUUUACGUGGAUCGCGUGAUAAAGGGGCCGAAAUAUGAGAAAAGAAUCGAGCGGUUAAGGUUCCGCGAACAGCAGGCUGGAGAAGCCAAAGUCGGGGACAAAGACAUAAGGACGCGCAUCAUCAAACGGGCAGCUCUGGAGUUCGAGGACGGCAUGUUUGCCAACCUGGGCAUCGGGAUCCCCCUGCUGGCCAGCAACUUCAUCAGCCCCAACAUGACCGUGCACCUGCACAGCGAGAACGGGGUCCUGGGCUUGGGCCCGUUUCCUCCAAGAGCUGAGGUGGAUGCGGAUCUCAUCAAUGCAGGCAAGGAGACCGUGUCCGUGUUUCCCGGGGGCUCUUUUUUCGGCAGCGACGAGUCCUUCGCUAUGAUCCGAGGGGGGCACCUCCACCUCACCAUGCUCGGAGCCAUGCAGGUGUCCCAGUACGGCGACCUGGCCAACUGGAUGAUUCCCGGCAAGAAGGUGAAAGGAAUGGGCGGUGCUAUGGAUUUGGUGUCCAGUCCCAAGACCAAAGUGGUGGUCACCAUGGAGCACUGCACGAAGAGCAACACCCCCAAGAUCAUGGAUAAAUGCACCAUGCCGCUGACUGGGAAGCGCUGUGUGGACCGCAUCAUCACCGAGAAGGCCGUGUUCGACGUGCACAAGAAGAAGGGGCUGACGCUGGUAGAGCUUUGGAAGGGCUUGACCGUGGAUGACAUCAAAAAGAUCACAGGGUGCGCCUUUGCCGUGUGCCCCAACCUCAGGCCCAUGCAGCAGGUCACGCCCUGACCCAGGAGGCAGCCCUUGGGCGCCCACGCUGGGCUUCUCAGGGUGACCUGGCAGGGCGUCCUCAGAGGACCUGGGUCACCACAGGAAAGCAUUUCACCAGCGCUGUGACAGGCUGGCCGCUGGUCUC